AUGGUAAGUGACGCUCCGAGUCAGUCGGAAACAAAGGGACCAGUAGAAACCCAUUCACAAAUGCUUUUACGAUUUGCCAAUCCAAUGAAUAUUCCUGCCACCCUCACUGGUGAAAUUGGUAGUCAAGGCUGGACAAAAAACACCAAUGACACCACCCUCCUACUGACCGAUUUGGUGCCAUUCACCCUCAACUCCAGUCAGCAGGCCUGCUCAAUCACCCUUUGUGUAGUCUUCCUUGUCAGUAUUAUUGUGAAUCUCCUCUCAUGGCAUUGUCUUCGACGGCUGUCCGGCGGUAGAGGUCUCUGCAUUGUUAAAUUUUUCCUUUAUCUUACCGUCCUGGAAUCCAUUGACCUCUUAAUCAAACUGAAUGAUGUUCUGAUGUGCGUGACACACGGAGUGCCCAUGUUUAUAGCAAUGGAAUUUCUAGGACGUUGGUCGUGCCAAACACUAGCAAUGGGUUACACCUCCUUCAAGCACACGGAGAGCCUUCUCAUCACAACCCUUGCGUUUGAUUCUCUCAUCUUUUUGAAACAACUGAAGCAACAUGUUGCAAAAUUUCGGGCUGAGUGGGCCUUCAAUGCGUUUAUCUUCAUAAUCGCUACUGUAGCGACAACAAACAGUCAGUUCUUUUGGACUUUUGAUCUCUUUCGUGUGGAUAAUCGAAUGCCACCGAGUGAUUCACUUUACGGAGGUGGGGUCCUGGCAGAACCCACCCUCUAUACGUGCGGAUUUUCUGCCUCCUAUAGCCUAAAUCAUGCCUUCAUUGCCUAUCUAUGGCCGGCUCUGGAUCACCUCAUUGGUGAUGUGCUUCCAUGCCUACUACCUCUGGCUGCAGGAGUCAUCAUCUUAUCAACACGAAGAAAAAUUUUGAAGACCAGUAGGCGCAAUUCGAACACUGACAGUACAGGUGAUUUGGAAGAAUUAAUGUGGAUUUUACCAGUACUCCUCCUCCUACAUGGACUUUCUAUUCUUCCAAGAAUGCUAUUUUACAUCAAGAAAUAUUUCCUGUUUUCAGGUAGGUGGAAAUGUUCUAGACAAUUGACAGAUGUAAUGUUAAGGAUGGAGACAGCUUCCGUGCGCGUGCACAAGUCUGACAAAACAUGA